AUGGGUACAGCACCGAUAGAAGGAAGAAUUGUGGUUCAGCUGUAUGCUCUAAGAGAGGUGGAUGAGCAAAGAAUUAAUGAUCAAGUAUGGGCCAAGGAAGGAAACAGAGGAGGUUUGCAAAUACCCGCUCUUCAGAUAGCAUUAAAUUAUGGUGCAGACAUAGUACGAGUAAGACAGUACCCCAUUUCGACCGAGGGACGAAAAGGCUUACAACCAAUCAUUGAGAAUUUAUUAGAGGACGGGUUAUUGGAACCAUGUAUGCCCCCCUACUAUACUCCGAUCCUACCAGUCAGAAAGACCGACGGGACGUUUAGACUCGUACAGGACUUGAGGGAACUGAACAAGGUGGUCCAAGCCCGACACCCGGUAGUGCCUAACCCUUACACCAUCAUGGGACGGAUACCCCCAAGCCACAAAUGGUUUAGUGUGGUAGAUUUAAAGGAUGCCUUCUGGAGCUGUCCGCUGGCAACAGAGAGUAGAGACUUAUUUGCCUUUGAGUGGGAAAACCUAAAAACCGGGCGAAAGCAACAAUUCCGGUGGGCAGUGCUCCCUCAAGGUUUUACAGAAUCACCAAAUUUAUUCGGCCAAAUUUUAGAGCAGGUAUUGGAAGAUUUCCCAGGUCACGGGGAAACGCAACUAUUACAGUAUGUGGAUGACCUCCUUUUGUCAGGAGAGACAGAAGAGGAAGUAAGGGACGCCACAAUAAGC